UUAGUUGGCCUUUAGAUGGAGGCAACUGAUUCGCGGUGGCGACCCCUGAAGGGAAAAGCCGGAAGGAGAAGAAGAGUAUGCGUCAAUUUCCAAGAAAAAGUACAGAGUGCCAACGCGGACUUCUCUCGUGUUCACAUACUACAAAGGGAGGUGUCGCGAGAAACCGCCGAGAAACUGCUAAUGCCCCAACAGUCAGUCAUGAUGCUGCUGAAGUCACUGGCAUCCUUCUACAUCCUGGCUGCUGUUGCCUUUGCUGUUCCCGCUCAGGAGAAGCGCAUCCAUCACAAUGCUGAUCUGAGUGAUCACAUCCACAAUGAUGCUCACGGCUUUCAGUAUGACCAUGAGGCCUUCCUGGGCAAAGAGGAGGCCAAGACCUUUGACCAGCUGACCCCUGAGGAGAGCAAAGACAAAUUGGCAAAGAUUGUGGACCGCAUUGACACUGACAAGGAUGGCUACGUCACUCAUACAGAGCUGCACCAUUGGAUCAAACACCGGCAGAGGAGGUACAUUGAGGAGAAUGUAAACAAACAUUGGAAUGAUUAUGACAAGAACCAAGACGGCAAGAUAGCCUGGGAGGAGUACAAAAACACCACCUACGGCUACUAUCUGGAUGAGGAGUUUGAUGAUGUUGAAGACAAGGCCACCUAUAAGUCCAUGCUCACAAGGGAUGAAAGACGCUUCAAGACAGCUGACAGAGAUGGUGAUGGUAUUGCCACACGUGAGGAGUUCACUGCCUUCCUUCACCCUGAGGAGUUUGAUUACAUGAGAGAUUUGGUUGUGCAGGAAACUUUGGAAGACAUUGAUAAGAACAGGGAUGGCAAGAUCGACAUAGAUGAAUACAUUGGUGACAUGUAUACACCGGAGAACGGGGAGAGUGAGCCUGACUGGGUUAAGACAGAGAGGAAACAUUUUUCUGAGUUCAGAGAUGCCAACAAGGACGGCUACCUAGAUACUGGUGAGGUAUCCCACUGGAUUCUGCCAGGAGAGGUUGACCAUGCUGACAAUGAAGCCAAACACUUGAUCCAUGAGACGGACACUGACAAGGACGGGAAAAUAACCAAGAAGGAGAUUCUGGCCAACUGGAACAUGUUUGUGGGCAGCCAGGCAACCAAUUAUGGUGAAGAUUUAACAAAGAGACACGAUGAACUUUGAUGAGCUGUUAGAAGCUUGUUUGGGAGUAUAUUUCAGUACUAUGGAGAAUUCAGUUACGGUGGUGUUUUGGGAUACAGAAUGGGACUCAGUAAAGUCAGUGAAGUAAGGUUCUGACUAUCAUGGACCCUGCACAUGCAGAUACACACCCACAUAGCCACAUCCACACAGAAGGGCUAAUCCAUUCAAAUUAAGCAUGCACUCACAUACUGUGUAUGCAAAUAAUGCAGAUAAUACUGAUAAUGCUACACACACAGCAUUCUCUCUUUGUUUCAUUACACAUGUUUUUGAUUUUGAACAGAGAUGUAUGUCCUCACGGAUAAAGAUAUUGAUGUUGGCUUCCAAAAUAUCAAAGUUACAAUGUGUGGUAAUGUCCAAUAUGCACUGGCAUCCAGCUGAAACAAUGCUCUUUGUCUAUGAGGUAAGAGGUACUAAUGUACACAUGGGUAUGCAGUUGUUCUUAUAUAAUAAAAAACAGCCAACAUCAGGAGUUUUUAUCUGAGAAACACAUGGUUACAUAUGUCAGAAGGCAUGUAAACAUUUGUGAACAUUUGCUGUCAAAAUAUGUGCACAAUUUGCAGACUAAAGGCUGAGUUUGUGACUGAAGGGCUGUGUUACUGACUUUUUGGAGUUUGAAUAUUAAAUAAAAUCUUGUUUUUUCUACAA